UUAUUUCAAUAGCUAAAUCUCAGUCAGAAGAGCAGACACAUCCACACAACUUCAAACAGCUGAAAUUGAAAAUAUCCACCAAAUGGCCCACCCCAUCCACGAAGCAACAGAGCACAGCCCUUUUGGUGACCUCACAAAGGAAGAAUUCUGCAGAAAACACCAUGUCCAAAACAAAGAAAGCUUCAUGAUCAACAAGCAAGGCAUGAAGAUCUUCACCCAAUCAUGGUGGCCUGAUUCACCAGCCCAGCUCAAGGGGAUCGUGGCCAUGAUCCACGGCUACACAGAUGAAUCCAGCUCGAUCAUUCAGCUCACCGCCAUGGCCAUUGCAAAACUCGGCUUUUACGUGUGUGCACUCGACCUCCCAGGCCAUGGCUACUCAGAUGGCACACGUGGACACAUCCCAGACAUCAACGUAGUAGUGGACGACUGCAUUCAGCUCUUCGAUUCGGUUCGCAUGGCCCACCCAAAUCUCCCUGCAUUCAUAUAUGGUGAAUCACUAGGUGGGGCUAUUUCAAUAUUUGUUUGUCUCAGGCAGAAGAGAGAAUGGAACGGUUUGAUCUUGAAUGGAGCAAUGUGUGGGGUUUCCCAGAAGUUUUUGCCGCCAUGGCCACUCACCGAGCUACUUCCAAUCGUAGCCUUCUUCUUACCAACAUGGCGGGCCGUCAUCACAAGAUCGUUGGCGACGCGCUCGUAUAAGGAGGAGUGGAAGCGGAAAUUGUUUGCAAGGAGUCCGAACCGUUUAAGCUCGAGCCGUCCAACGACUGCUACUGCACUUGAGUUCUUAAGGCUGUGUAAUGAGAUAGAGAGGAGAUGCAAUGAGUUGGAGAUUGCUUUGUUGGUUUUGCAUGGGGAGGAUGAUACGGUUUGCGAUCCAAGCUCGGCGAAGCUGGUGUAUGAGAUGGCUAGGAGCAAGGACAAGACGCUGGAGAUAUUCCCUGGCAUGUGGCAUCAGCUGAUUGGAGAGCCUGAGGAUGGCGUCGAGCUGGCAUUUGGGACCAUCUUCUCUUGGCUUCAAGAUCGAGCUGAUAAAGGCAAGAGUAUCAAUGGUAGCAUUCAUGGAGAAAUCUAGAAGCGUGUGUUUAUUUUAAGGAGAUCUGUUUUAGUGCUGAUAUUUAUAAAAAUAAAAAAUGUCUCUAAAUUUUAUCUUUUGA